CUCACACACUCACACCUCCCCAGCCCGACCCCGCCAUGGCCGCCUCCACCAUGUCCGUCUGCUCCAGUGCUUGCACCGAGCCCUGGCAGGUGGACGACUGCCCAGAGAGCUGCUGCGAGCCCCCCUGCUGUGAGCCCAGCUGCUGCCAGCCCAGCUGCUGCCAGCCCAGCUGCUGCACCUCAGCCCCCUGCCUGAGCCUCAUCUGCACCCCAUGCUGCCAGUCAGGCUGCACCAGCUCCUGCACGCCCACGUGCUGCCAGCAGUCCAGCUGCCAGCCGGCUUGCUGCUCCUCCUCCUGCCAGCCAUCCUGCUGCGUGCCGGCUUGUUGCACACCUGUCUGCUGCACACCUGUCUGCUGCAAGCCUGUCUGCUGCACACCUGUCUGCUGCAAGCCUGUCUGCUGCACGCCUUCCUGCUCCGGUGCCUCCUCCUCCUGCUGCCAGCAAUCUAGCUGCCAGCCGGCUUGCUGCUCCUCCUGCUCCCCCUGCCAACCAUCCUGCUGCACACCUGUCUGCUGCACACCUGUGUGCUGCAAGCCCAUCUGCUGCACGCCCUCCUGCUCCUCCGUGUCCCUGCUCUGCCGCCCCGUGUGCAGACCCUCCUGCUGUGUGCCCACCUCCUCCUGCUGCACCUCCUUCUGCCAGCCCAGCUGCUGCUGCCCGGCCUCCUCCGUGUCCCUGCUCUGCCGCCCUGCCUGCUCCCGCCCGGCCUGCUGCAAGCUCUCCUUGGGCCAGAAGUCCUGCUGUUGAUUUGCUAACUGACCUUCAGGUCAGCAGGCUCGGGUUCCCCCUAGAAGCUGGCAGCCAUGUCUGCACUGCUGUCACGCUUACACCCUGUCCUGGUGUUGCUUGUCCAGCCUGCUGUGGGCUGAAGGAUCCUGAGAGGUUAAAGGUCUGUGCUUAGUGCCGCUGCCCUUGUAAGGGAUUCUAAUAUCCCGCGGCAGUGCUCACCCUCCUUCACCCACCUCCUUGUGUAUUUGAGCAAACUGAUCAAUAAAGGCCCUUGACUGAA